UCUUCUUCUUCUUCUUCUUCUUUGCCUUUCCUGCUCAUCCCAUUAAUAUUCUGUUCAAUUCAUAAACAAUCAAAACAGAGGCCAUCAUUCAUUUUAUUUAGUGUGUAAAAGUACACAAAAAUAAUGGCCCUCAUUUACUAUUUCUGAAAGCUACUGAUAUCAUAUCUCAAAUAAAAAGCUCCCUGCUCUUUCUUCAUAUAUCUUCCCAUCUUCGAUUCAAUUUCAUCUCAUAAAAAAUUUUGAAGGCCAGUUUUGUUAGACAUUUUGAGAUAAUUGAGAGUGGAAUUUUAUCAUGGGGAAAACCGGCCGGUGGUUGAGAAACUUCCUCACCGGAAAAAAAGAUAUUAAGGAAAAGGAAAAGGAGAAAGAAAACCAAAAUUCAGAUACCAAUAAUGGCUACGACCACCGUCCGACGACCCCCGUCUCGUCUGCGCAGCCGACCACGCCCAAGGAGAAGCGGCGGUGGAGCUUUCGCCGGUCGUCCGCCGCUGCGACGGGCCGCCCUGAGAUGAUUCCGGCGGACGGCGCUCACGGAAGCGACAAUGGGACGGAGAGCGGCUCGAGAAAGCACGCCCUGGCGGUGGCUGUGGCCACCGCGGCGGCCGCGGACGCGGCGGCGGCGGCGGCGAAGGCGGCCGCGGCCGUGAUUCAGCUGGCGGCCGAGUGCGGCAGGGAUGGGGCUGUGGAGGAAGCCGCGGCUGUGAAGAUCCAGUCCGUUUUCCGCUCCUAUUUGAUUGUGGAGAUGGACCUAGGUGAAAACAGGCCCAUUGCCAAAGCCCGAAACAGCUACUCAAACCACAAUACUCAGGGAGAACCGUGGCCAAGCAAGUAUGAGGUCUCGCCAUCCCCAUCGUCAUGCAGCAACUAUUUGGAGGAUUUUUCCCGUGCACCGCCGCUAAGGUCAGAGUAUGCAGAGUCCCUUUGUGGGGAGUACCCGAGCUACAUGGCCAACACGGAGUCGUCUCGGGCCAAGGCCCGUUCCCACAGCGCGCCCAAACAGAGGCCCGCGGCAGUUGAGGCAUACGAGCGCAACCCGAGCAGUCGGCGUCGGCCGUCCAUUGAGGGGAGGAAUGUGCCGAGGGCAGUUCGGAUGCAGAGGUCGUCGUCUCAUGUAGGGUCUGCGGCGCAGAAUUAUCAGUAUCCGUGGUGCAUGAAGCUCGACCGCUCGGCUGUUUCCCUUAAGGAUAGCGACUGCGGCUCGACUAGCACCGUGCUUACCAAUACGAACUAUUGUGCAAGGAGCUAGGUACUAGUUUCAUGUGGUUGAUGAAUGAAUAAAUAUAUCAGAUAAACCCACAGUUGGGAAGAGACAAGGAACCAUUUUUAUUGGUGUUUUUUGUGAUUAUUAUUAUU